AUGCCAUCUGUCGACCUUUUACAGCUCUGCAUUAUCCAUAUACGUGAUUUUGGCCUGCUGGGUGACUGCUACAAAGUACUAGGAGACACAUACCUUCGUCUUUGUCAGUGGGACAGUGCUAAGAACACCCUAAGCAAGGCGCUUAAGAAUCACCGCGCAGCCGGGAGCCGCAAGGGUGAAGCAGACGACCUGCAGAGCCUCGCAUGGAUAUACUAUUACAAGGGUGACCUUGCACUGGCCACUCAGUCGUAUCUGGAGGCAUUAUCUCUUCACCGUACAAUCAAAGACAGCUGGGGCGAGGCCAGAGACCUAGAGAAGCUGGGCAACCUAUUUGCUUGCAUGGAAAACCUAAAAGAUUCGGAGCAAUCGCUGGUCAACGCCCUGUCUGUCUAUCAUACAAUCAGCAAUUGCCUUGGGGAGGCAAAUACACUCCAAAGCCUCAGAAAAGUGUACUGUCGCAGGAAUGACUUUUUCAAGGCGGAGUGCACAUACAGGAAGGCUGCAUCGCUUCAUCACUCACUCCAGGACCGCCUUGGCGAGGCCACUGAUCACAGCAAUCUUGCCGUGAUGUAUAUCGAGACAGGGGAUCUUGACGAGGCAGAGGCAUCAUUGCAUGCAGCUCUAAAUCUCUACUGUACCAUCCACAACAGACUUGGCGAGGCAAACAGCUUGCAAGACCUCGGGAGGGUGUACCUAUAUCGGGAAGAUCUGCCCAAUGCAGCAGGAACAUUGAAGCAUGCCCUGGCUCUGCAUCAGGCUGUUCAGGCCCAGAUAGGUGAGGCCGGUGAUCUUGCAUCACUCGGCGAGAAAAGGUGCUGUGACGCAGUCGACCUGUGGUGCACAAUACGCGCGCCUCUUGGUGAGGGGAACACACUCUUGACCCUUGGCAAGGUCUACACAAAGACGGGGCGCUUCAACGAGGCGGAGAGGGUCCUGACUCAAGUGCUCGAGCUGCAUCGGGUGAUUGAGUGGGCCAAGGAGAACAUCCAAGCGGAUGAAAAGGCGUUGGAGGAGCUUCGUCGAGAGUGA